CUGCCGCGGGGCCUCGAGGAGCCGGCGCCCACCGCCCGCAGCCCUCGCCGCACGCGUGGCGGGGCGGCCAUGGCCCCGUCCCUGGCCCCCGGCCGGGACCGUACGGGCCGGGAGCACGAAGACUGCGGGGAGGCUCGUGGGGACCGCAAGGCCCGGAAGCCCCUGGUGGAGAAGAAGCGGCGCGCGCGGAUCAACGAGAGCCUGCAGGAGCUGCGGCUGCUGCUGGCGGGCGCCGAGGUGCAGGCCAAGCUGGAGAACGCCGAGGUGCUGGAGCUGACCGUGCGGCGCGUGCAGGGAGCGCUGCGGGGCCGGGCGCGCGAGCGCGAGCAGCUGCGGGCGGAAGCCAGCGAGCGCUUCGCCGCCGGCUACAUCCAGUGUAUGCACGAGGUGCACACCUUCGUGUCCACGUGCCAGGCCAUUGACGCCACCGUCGCCGCCCAGCUCCUGAACCACCUGCUGGAGUCCAUGCCCCUGCGCGAGGGCAGCAGCUUCCGAGACCUGCUGGGCGGCGCCCUGGCGGGGCCGCCGGGAGCCCCUGGGCGGGGCGGCUGGGCCGCAGGGGCGUCCCCGGGGUCCCCACUGCCCAGCCCCCCAGGUCCCGGGGACGACCUGGGCUCCGACCUGGAGGAGGCCUCCGAGGCUGAAUUGAGUCGGGCGCCUGGGGAGCGGCUGCACUUGGCGCCUGCAGCCUUGGGCGGCCUCACUGCAGCCCGAAUGGCCCAGAGCGUCUGGCGGCCCUGGUGACUGUGCUGGCCGGGAACCCAGGGGCCAGGCCUUCCCAGCUCCACGCCCGCCACCCUGGGGGGUCCCACGUGGUGGGGCAGGGCCCGAGGUGUCUCCCAGUCGGCCGCCCUCCUCCAGUGGGUUUCUGGCUGGCCAGCACCAGGUGACCGGCCAGCCAGGCCCAGGGCCCUGUUCCUGGAGGGAGCCACUUUGCGCUCAGGGGUGGUGGAGGGGGGAGCUCCAGGCAGGAGGAAGACCCUGGCCAGGGCUCCCACCCCUCUUCCAUGUGCACCUCUGCCUGUCUCAGGUGCCGGGUGGGGAGUGAGGUGACCCAGUGGUGCUGAGCCCUCGUGACCCAGGCAGGGGCGCCGGGGCACAGGGGCAGCUGCAGCACUGCCGAGAGAAGCGAGACGUUCUGAACGUCUUGCUGGCAGCACGUGUGUCAGGGUGCGGUCAGUUGUGCCCAGACGCGUUAAAUAAAGAGUUUCACAGUA